CUUCAUGUUUUAUGAGCGCAGUCACCACAUGUGAAGUCAUCUUACACAAUCAGGUUGAUACCGGUGGACUCGCACUCAGACACACACUCUCUCACUCUCACACUCACACAGGUAAACACCAAAGAGCUGUUACAGGAGCAGACCUUCGAGAUGGCUCCUCUUCCUUCUCCCCCACCUCGACCUCCACCCCCAGUACCAAAGCCUCGAAAGGCCCACAUGAGGAACUACCAGAUCUCCGUCCCAUCCCAGGACAGAGAGACGAUCAAUGACAAUCAACAGCCUGCUGUUUCUAACGGAGUCCAUGUGAACACAGAUGAAGCCCCGCCUCCUCCCAGCAUGCCAACACUGGAAAGCGUCACUGACAUCAUCGUGGCCAACAUCCCAUCAUUAGCUGGAAUUGCCGCCACCAUCGGGGGCUCCAACUCCACCCCUGUCGUCCCAUCGGCCCCGCCACCUCCGCCAACGUUAGACAGCAUCACAGACACCAUCGCAACUAACAUCCCUUUUUUAGCAGAUGCAGCGAGCAUCAUGGGCAAACCCGAUGCUGCAGUGUUUGACCCCGCCCCCUCGAGCAAACCUGCACCUAGCGCACCUCCGGCUAACACGCCUGCAGCCAACACUCCUGCACCAAGCACAGGUGCUGCUAGCUUUGACAGAGUGAUCAAUUCACUUGCCAACAUACCGGGUUUAGCAGACGUCAUUGUAGCUAGCCCCUCUCCAUCGGCCCCACCUGCUCCUGAAAGUAAGCCCGGCGCUCCUGAGGAGGGCGACACAGCUCCGGAUUUGACGCGUCUCGUCGGUAAAGAGGACAACUCCUACAUGACAGUGCUGUCUUCUUGGACAGCUCAAGAGGAAGCUGACACAGAGUCCUCCGUUGAGGAGGAUGAUGCAGUUGAUAGAAAGGAUGGGCUAACACAGGAAGAUCCUGCAUCAAACAGCACUUCAUCCAGUCAACCCAGUCAUGUGAUCCCAGACCCACUGGCCCCGCCCCCAAAAGGCACAGGCAGCAAAGUAGCAAAGCCUGAGAGGCAGAAAAUCCCCAGGGCAGCGACCAUCCGAGUGUCGAGGAAGAAAGGAGCGAGGCCGUCACCUGUUCAGAGCGCAGUGGUACGAGCCAGCUGGUUAGACAUGUGGAAAGGCUUCAGACACUCUGUUUACUGGGUCACUCUGGAUGGACAACUGAUGUCUCUGUGGAAGAAACGAAACGACCGAUUCAGUGAGCUCCUGUUUCAUGUCUCCAGCAUCACUAACGUGAAGAAACAGGACAAAGGCAGAUUUUCUGUUUACUUCAAAAAGAAACACUACGACUUCAUGGCUCACAGUGAGGAUGUUGGAGAAGGUUGGGUGACAUCUCUGCAGGCAUGUCGAGGCCAGAGGUGCCCCGCACCCUCGGAACUACAUGGACCAAUCACAAUCAAGGACCCUCGGAGCCGUGCCUACGCUGCCGUCUGGGGUCAUGACCUUUGGAUUUACCAAAACAAAGACAACUUCCAGCUCGGUGUCGCCACCUUUGCCAUCCCCCUGAACAUUGCGUCAGUCAAAAGCAUGGGAAAGCACUCCCUGAGCCUGAUCACCCCGUACAAGACCCUGAACCUGUCUCUUGAUUCAUCAAAGGACUUGUCCGUCUGGUUGGAAAGUCUGUCCUCCACCAUCCAGAGUGCCCUGUGCUGCAGCCAGGUGACACAGCGUCUCUGGAAGAACCCGCACAACAAGGUGUGUGCCGACUGCGGCGCCGCCAAUCCCGACUGGGCAUCCAUCAACCUGCUGCUGGUGAUCUGUCACGAGUGCGCCGGGCAUCACCGAGCUCUGAGCAGCAACCUGUCCAAAGUACGCAGCCUCACCAUGGACACCAAGGCUUGGACAGAGCCGCUGCUGCAGCUCUUCGUUGGCUACGGAAACCAGCUGGCCAAUCAGGUGUGGGCUCCGGCAGUGCCGGUGCGUGAGCAGCUUCGUCCAGAGGCGACGGAUGAGGAGAGGUCAAAGUUCAUCCAGGACAAAUACAGCAGGGGGCGCUACAGAAGAGCGCACCCUCUGAGCUCAUCUCCAUCCAUGAUGGAACAGAGGCUGCUUCAGGUGGUUUGCAGUGACGACGUGGAGGAAACAAUGUCUCUGAUCUGUUCAGGAGUGAAGGUUUGUCCAUCAGACCCUCAGAGCCCCUCCCCCAUCCUGCUCGCUGAAAGAGCCAAUCAGCCUCUGCAGACUGAACUACUGCGAAUCAAUGAGUACACAGAAGUUCCUCCUCACCAGCCAAAGCCAGCCCGGAACAGACUUGACUCCAAUCGCUCAUGCGACGAGGAGGAGGAGGAGCUUCAUGGUAAACUGGAGGAUGAUCGUUUCCUGUUCUCGUUGGAGAACGACUCGGCAGCGUGCGAUGUUCUCGACCUGAGGGAAGUCCACUCGGUCUUCCUUCGAGACGGGCCAUCGCAGGAGUUUGAGCUGGUGACGCCGAGCUGUCCCCUGAUCUGUAACGCCGACGACAGGGAGGGGCUUCUGGAGCACCUGAGCCACAUCCUGAAGGUCAUUCUACCAGGAGGCGUGUCUUAUGCCGAAGUGGGCGGGGCAUCCGCUGUCAGUAAGGUGUUUGUGGUCGGAGUGGGUGGGGCCUCACAGCAUUCAGACGCAUGGGCGCUGCUGUGGGAAGAUGAAGUGAGCAUCCAUCCCAUCCACAGAGGCUCCCAGGAAACCAAGAGGAUCCAACUGAGCAUGCUCAGUCGCCAUGAAAUGGAUCCGUCUGAAAACAUUGUCAGUCUGGCAACUGCCGACAGGAAUGUGUUGCUGCGUUUUGAAGAUCUCUACAGUUGUAAGACCUGGUUCCAGCACCUGGAAAAGGCUCUGGUGGAUCGCAAAACAGCCCCAAAGCAUCCUCCAGCAGCCAAUCAGAAAACAGCUCCACCGCGUCCUCCAGCACCCAAUCAGAGCUCAUCUCGUCAGAGUCUAUACCCGGUGAUUGACGUCGGGUUCAGAGGGUCGGUUCCUCCUGCCAUCGAACGCUGCAUCUCCCACAUCACGGCGUUCGGUCUGAAGGUGGAGGGCAUUUACCGGCGCUGUGGCAUCGCCCCGAAAGUCAACCGAAUAGUGGAAGCCCUGAAGACCUCGCCAAACACCGCCCCCCUGGAGGGCGACGAGCAGGGCGUGCUGGAUGCCGGCUCCGCCCUCAAACAAUAUGUCCGCCAGCAGGAGAGCCUGGUCAGUUUGGAGCACAGGCAGCAGUGGAUAAAUGCCGCAGUGAUUUCAGAUGAGCAGGAGAGGUUUAAAAAAUACAGGUGGUUACUGCGACAGCUACCUGAUGACAACCGGGCAACUCUGAACGCACUGUUUGGACACUUCUACAUGAUCCAGGUGUUCUCUCAGGUGAACAAGAUGUCGGCUCACAACCUGGCCGUGGUUCUGGUCCCGUCUCUGUUUCAGGCUCUGAACCAGGACCUGAUCAAGCUCACCAAAGAGUUCAUCAUCCACCACACACUGCUGUUCCUGACUCCAGACUCGAACCAGAAGGAGGAGAAAGAGGAAAAGGAGGAGAAGGAGGAGGAGAACACAUUCCUGUGAUUAAAUUGAGGAGCUGAUGGUUCCUCAUGUUGUUUCUGA